AUGAAAAACAUGAAAAAAUUGAAAGUGGAAGUUGCAGUUGAAGAAUUAAAUAGAAUAAGAUAAUCUCAUAUAAUAGCAAACUCAUUAGUUUGGAUCCAUAACACCCUCUUUAAAAAAUAUUGCCAAUCUUAGAAUUAUUACUACACAAGAGAUAUCAAUGAUAUCCUCAGAGAUGUUUCAUCAAAGGCAGUUGUACGGUAUAAAGAUUUGAUUGGGUAUGAUGAUUAUGUAAGUGUGUAGUUUCAUUUAAGGAUGAAUAUUUGAAAAGGUUCUACUGUUACGAAGAUGAAUAUCCACAGAAAUUCCAGUUGUUGGCUGAAUAUUAUAAAGUAAAUUGAACUAUUUAACAGAGUUUCAUACAGAUAUACCACGAUUCUUUAUGGAACCAAUAAUAUAAUUGUUGAAUAAAUACUAUGAUAAGAUGCGCAGACAAGAGUAUUAUAGAAUAGCUCUCCUAGUCGAGCAAGAGGAGAAGAAAAAUCCUAAUGGAUCAUCACAAUGCAUUAUUGGAGAUAAACCCUCAUUUGUGAAUUCAUAAUAGAGUCAUAAAGAUUAAGAAUCCCAGGCCCAUAAUAAAGGAAUUAGGAAUACCUUAAUUUUAAAAGAUUUGAGUUGGUUGAAUAAAUCAUCAACAUAAAUCUAGAAAAAGUAAAUGGACAUAUCCUGUACAUUAUAAGAAAUUUGUAAAUAGUUAGGAAAAGAAACUAUGGAAUAAUCUUCUCUUUUAAUUUCUACUGGGAAAGGAGAUGAGAUAGAACUGAAUAAAUUUUAGGCUUAUCUCAAUUAAUAAAUCUAAAAGAGUCAAAUAGAUAAAGUGUCUUAAACAUAAACCAAAAAACUGAGCUAACCAAAUGUAGUUUUCAGCCUUCUUUAAAAGUAGAAUGAUGAUGAGAAUAAACUCAGAUUGGGUUCACAGUAUUCAAAACAAAAUACAGAACUUGUAUAAUUGAAUAAAAUAUCAAGUGAUAUCAAUAUAAGGAAUCAAGUUGAUUCUCCAUAGAAAAAACAAUAAAUUAAUCAUGCAAGAGUGGAUUAAAAUUAUGAAAUAAAAUAAUCAAUUAGUCCAAAAUAUAUAACAAAUGUGUAACCUAAAUUAACAACUCAAAUAUAGUUAAAAGAUUUCAGGCUUAAUAUUUAAUCAAAUCAUCAACUUAUCAGGCUUCAAAAUUAGAAUCAAAUUUCAUCUCCAAUAAAAUGCAAUAAUGAAUUAUAAGUAUUGACGACUAAACAAGCAUCUAUAAGUAAACUUUAUUAAUUCUAAUAAUUAGGCAAAUUGAAUCUUAAAUAGAUUUCUAAAAUCAUAAUUGAUGAUAAUCCCACUCCAUAGGAAUUAAAAUGGAAAAAUGGGGCUUAAACUCAGAGACCUAAUUCUGAUACCAAAAACUUCUUCUUUAAUAGAAAUAGUCCUACUUUAUAGAGUGGAGCUUAAAAUGAAUUGCAAAUCAAUAUGCCGAAGUAGAAUUCAGCUGUUUCAUAAUUAUCAUAAAAAUAAAGUCAAAAAAAUAUAGAUUCUUCAACUAUUAGGAAAUCGAUGCAACCAAAUAUUCACUUUCGAUUUAGGUCAAGUUAAGAUAAGAACAUUAACGUCAAUGAAAACUAACAGAAUUAGCAAUGUAAUUUACAUUAUCCAUAUUUAAGUAAUAUAAAUAAUUCACAAAAAGAAUAAAUCUGAAGGAAAAUAAUUACAUUCACCUUAAUAGGAUACUCAUCAAUAAUAAUUAUGUUUGACAGAUAGGAGAAGUUAAGGUGAACUUUAAUUAAAGAAAAGCUUAGCAAAAUCGUGUUAAAAUUCACAAAAAAUAGGUAUUUUAAAAGGAGUUGGGAGUGGGAUUGAUAUUGUAAAACAUUCAGUAAGCCCAAACAAUUUUAUCAUAAAAUAAAUGGUUCUUACUUAGGUAUAAAAAUAAUAACAGAGAUAAGAUUUAUUUUCAUCAUAACUAAGAAAACCUGAUUGA